UUUGAAGUUGACAACCAUUUGACAACUUGACAAGUAACACUAACCUCAAAUUUGUUGUUGAUAAUUAUUUUUGUUGAUAUUGUUUGAAACAUUUUCAAUAUAUUUAUAUACAACCACUAAGAAUAUGGAAAUACGGUUGAUUUCUAGGAACUUAUAAGUAGCGAGGGAUCGCAAUUUUAUCAAGAUGAGACAACAAAAAACAGGAGACACUAUAAGGCCAUUUAAAUUAGCUCACCAGAUUCUAAGUUUAACAGGAAUAAGUUUUGAUAGGAAAAGUAUAAUUGGUUUUGUUGAAUUAACAGUGGUACCAUUAAGGGACAGUUUAAGGAUUUUAAAAAUAAACGCAAAACAGUGUAGAAUUUACAAAGUAUUCCUCAAUGAGCAUCAUGAAGCUCAUUUUCAAUACUUUGAUCCCUUUCUGGAUGUUUGUCAAUCUGACACAGAUACACGAAGUUUAGAUGCAUUUUCUCAAAAUCAUUUAACAGCAGCUUUGAAGACUGACCCAGAUAAUAAUGCAGGUGAAUUAGUUAUUACGAUACCCCCAGAAGCGUCGCACUUAGUUGCUGAAGGAACUGCAUUAAGAGUGGGAAUAGAAUUCUCUUUAGAACAGCCUCAAGGAGGUAUUCAUUUUGUCGUGCCACCUAAAGAUCAGAAGGACCAAAAGGAGGGAACAUAUGCAGAGAAAGGUGUUCAUAUGUUUACCUAUGGUCACCAGAAUUCAUCACGUUUGUGGUUUCCUUGUGUCGAUAGUUUUGCAGAAACAUGCACAUGGAAGCUUGAAUUUACUGUAGAUGAAGAAAUGACAGCAGUUUCAAAUGGCGAUUUGAUUGAAGUAGUUUUUACUCCAGACAUGAGAAGAAAAACUUAUCACUAUUCAUUAAAUGUACCCACAUGUGCUCCCAAUAUUUCGCUGGCUGUGGGACCAUUUGAAAUUUUUGUAGACCCAUAUAUGCAUGAAGUAACUCACUUUUGCCUACCAGGAUUAAUGCCAUUAUUAAAAGUUACUACCAGGUAUAUGCAUGAGACUUUUGAGUUUUAUGAAGAAACAUUGUCAAAUAGAUACCCAUACUCAUGUUACAAGCAAGUUUUUGUUGAUGAGGCGUAUGAAGAUUAUCAUUCUUAUGCUACUAUGAGUAUUUUAAGUGUCAAUUUAUUACAUUCAGCAGUUAUUAUAGAUCAGGUAUUUAUAACAAGAAAGGCAAUGGCUCAAGCCAUUGCAGAGCAGUUUUUUGGUUGCUUCAUUUCUAUGCAAAAUUGGUCAGAUUUAUGGUUAAAUAAAGGCAUAAGUCAGUAUCUCUGUGGAUUAUACUGCAAAAAAAGUUUUGGCAAUAAUGAGUAUCGUGAAAUGAUUCACAGUAUGCUUCAGGAUGUAGUAAAAUAUGAAGAAGAAUACGGAGGAAUUAUUUUAGAUCCUAGCCAGCCUCCUGCUCCACUUCCGGUCGCUUCUAAUAUGCCCCAGACCAAUCAAAAUAAACAUGAGGAAAAAUUUUAUUUUUCAAUUCGAAAUUUACACACCAUGUCUCCUAUGUAUAUUGAGGCAUCAUACAAAAAAGCUAUGUUAGUAAUGAGAAUGUUGGAGCAUAGAAUAGGUUUAGAAUUAUUACUUCAGGUUUUUAACAAGCAACUAUCGCUCGCAACUAAUGCAGCCUCAAAUAAAAUUGGUAGUGGAUUAUGGGGACACAUGCUUAUAAGCACAAAUGUUUUUACAAAGGCAAUAUUUACAGUAACAGGUAAAGACAUGGCGGUUUUUAUAGACCAGUGGGUGAGAACAGGAGGCCAUGCCAAAUUUCAUUUAACAUCUGUAUUUAAUAGGAAAAGAAACACAAUUGAGGUAGAAAUCCGCCAAGAUGCCACCUCCCAAACAGGUAUCAGGAAAUAUGUUGGACCAUUACUGGUAACACUGCAAGAGCUGGAUGGUACUUUUAAACAUAAUUUACAAAUAGAAAAUACCGUCGUUAAGUCGGACAUUACUUGUCAUUCAAAAAGCAGGAGAAACAAGAAAAAGAAAAUUCCUCUUUGUACAGGAGAAGAGGUUGAUAUGGACUUAAGUGCAAUGGAUGAUUCUCCAGUAUUGUGGAUUAGGUUGGAUCCAGAAAUGACAUUGUUGAGAUCAGUGAUAAUAGAACAACCUGAUUAUCAGUGGCAGUAUCAACUAAGACAUGAAAGAGACGUCACCGCUCAAAUUGAAGCUAUAACUGCAUUAGAAAGAUAUCCUACACCACCAACAAGAGCAGCUUUGACUCAUACCAUUGAAAAUGAACAGUGCUAUUACAAAGUGAGAUGUAAAGCCGCUCAUUGCCUUACAAAGGUAGCAAAUGCUAUGGUUGCCAAUUGGGCAGGUCCCCCGGCGAUGCUAGCAAUAUUUAGAAAGUUUUUUGGGUCGUUCGCAGCGCCGCAUAUAAUAAAACAAAAUAAUUUUCAGAGUUUUCAGAACUAUUUCUUACAGAAAACUAUCCCACUUGCUAUGGCAGGAGUAAGAAAUAGUCAUGGAAUUUGCCCUCCAGAAGUAUUAAGAUUUUUAUUAGACCUAUUUAAAUAUAAUGACAAUAGCAAAAACCGUUUCUCAGAUAACUAUUACAGAGCAGCCUUAGUAGAAUCUUUGGGCAAUACAGUGACACCUGUGGUAUCGGUAAUGGCUCAAGGAACGCCUAUAACAGUAGAGAAUCUGAGUGCAGAAACAAAAUUAAUAUUAGAAGAAAUAACGCGACUCUUGAAUUUAGAGAAAGCACUGCCUUGUUAUAAAUAUACAAUUACAGUUGAAUGUUUGAAGGCAAUCAGGAAGUUACAGAAGUUUGGACAUUUGCCCAGCAAGCCUACAUUGUUUAAAAGCUAUGCUCAGUUUGGACAUUACAUAGAUGUUAGACUGGCCGCUUUAGAAUGUCUAGUUGAUUUUGUAAGAGCAGACGGCAAAUUCGACGAUUUAUCGUAUGUAUUAGAUCUUUUAGAAAACGACCCAGAUUCAGGAUUGAGACAUAAACUUUGCCAAAUUUUAUUAAAAAGCCCUCCUUUUAAAAGAGCUUACAAAUCGAGGCUAGACUCUCCUUUAUUAGUGGAGAAAAUAUGGACAAAUAUUAAUGGAAUGUUGUCCCACGAUACUCGCCAUCGUUGCGACUUGGUUGACUUAUACUACACCCUUUAUGGUACAAAACGUCCUUUAUGUUUACCACUUACGGAAUUAUCGGGCCUUAUGAACCUCACAAGACCUGACAUUAAAAAAAUAAAAACCGCCAUUCCAAAAUUAGCACGUGCCGAUAAUCCAGAUAUAAAAAAGGAACAACAUUCCAAUAUAAAAACAGAAAUUAAAGAACCAGUUGUUUCAAAUGUUAUUGUUGAUAAUAAUCUAGAAACCCCUAUGAACGUCGACUUAAUUGAUAUAGAAGACCAUCAAUUAAAGGAAGAGCCUAUGAUAGAUGUUCAAGUGGGCGAAGCAGCAAUGCCAAAACAAGAGUACUUUUCAGAUAAUUCCGUUUCGUUGCCUGGAAUGGGACAGAGUGGCCCUGUUGGUUUUGAACCAGGAAUGUUUCAAAAAGAUGGCGAUGGAAGCAGUACUGGAAGUACUAAAACAAAAGAUAAGACUGAUGCAUCUGGUGCUAAGAUAAAGAAGAAAAAGAAAGACAAGAAGAAACAUAAGCACAAACACAAACAUAAGCACGAGCACAAGCACAAAGAUAAAAAGGAUAAAGACCCAAAUAAAAUCAAGCUAAAGGAAGAAAGUAUGUCCGUGCCUGCUUUAGCUUCAGUAAAGGAAGAAACUCUAAGUUCGGGAAGUUCAACUCCUAGUCCAAACACAGCCAGCGUAGGUAGUGGGGAUUUAUCAAAUUACCCAUGAGUAAAAAUAUUUUAGUUUAAGCAAUAAACAGGGUGUGCCAAAAACUUCACAAUAAAUGGGAUUUGCUUAUUAUUAAUUAAAAAAAUUGUAAAAUCAUCUCUAGAUAUACAAACAGUGGGUUUAGAUGAUAAAAUAUUGAGAAAAUUAUAGAGAAAAAAUACUUUUGAUAUAUGUACCAUUUGAUUUUACAUUUAUUAUCCGAAUUUUCAUAAAUAUACGGGAUCAAAGAAAGUAUUUUUUUUCGUUAGAAUAAUGGUAGAAGACGAUGCAAGUCUAAUCAAAAUAAUUACUGUCUCAUACUUUUUCUUACUCUGUCUUUUUCUCUCAAACUCUUGUCAUUCUAUUUACCUUUUACUGACUUUGUUGCAAUGGCCUAUAGAAUAACAGAUAAUACAACAAAUUUGAAAUUACACUUUUAGUGUAACUUUAUAGGCUUUCUGAAUGAUAUAUUCUAUUCUAGGUGAAAAAUUAAAUGAACAAUACGAUAGUUCUCUUUUGUAUAAGCAAUUCCAACAAGUUUGGUAUUUUAAAGAUUUACAUCUUAUAAUAUUUGGUAUUUAUUGGGAAAACUGGAAAUCGUCCGAUUUUCACCAAAAUUGGUAUACACACUAUUUUGAGGUCGUAGAUUACGAAUCUGAACUUUUUUCUUGGCGGUCUCUUACCGUUUUUCAGAAAAACGGAAAAUGAUUUCAACAUUGAAUUUUUCUUUAUUUUGGCUCUAUAAAGUAAUAAUUUCACUAUAUUUUCAUUAUAUUAUAGUUUAUAAAUAAAUAAAUAAAUAGUCGUUUAUUUCCGACAGGCCGAAGCCCACUUAGAGGAAAUUCGAAACAGUAAUAUAGUAUCUUAAAAUUGUACAAAUAAGAAUAAAAAAUACAUAAUUAUAACAGGUAUUAAAUACUACACUAAAAUACAAAAAUAAAAUAUAAAAAUUAAUUAACUAAUACCUUUGAAUAAGA